AAUAAAUGAACUAGUUGAAAUUGAAAAGUAAGGGAGUAAUGUAGUGGUUGUGACUUGUGAAUUGUAAGAAUAGAAGUUGUAUUUGUAUGAGGAAAUGUGGCAAAAACGAAAAACAUAGAAGAAUAAGUGUAUUUGUACAAUACUCGUAGUCCAACAAGAAUAGAUAGACAAAAUUUAGGUUGCCGAGAAGAGAGAAGGGAGAAGAGCGCCUGUAUCUGUGUCUGUGUUUGCCAUAACCAAGUUUGAAAUCUUCUUCUCUUCCCUUCUCUUCUCCUUGUUACUACAGUGAGUAUCCCUAAUUUCGUCCCCCAAGUUUGAAUCCUUUCGAUUUUUGUUUUUUCAUGUUGGAAAACCCUAUAUUUAGAGCCAAAGUAUUUGAUUUUUAGGGAUUUGAAAACCAAAUCAAAAUCAAAAAUGGAUUUGGACAAAUGGAUCGCUAAGGUUAAAGAAGGUCAGCAUUUAGCCGAAGAUGAGCUUCAGCUUCUCUGCGAAUAUGUGAAAGAGAUACUUAUUGAGGAGUCAAAUGUGCAGCCUGUGAAUAGUCCUGUCACUGUCUGUGGUGACAUCCAUGGCCAAUUUCAUGAUCUAAUGAAGCUCUUUCAGACAGGGGGUCAUGUUCCGGAUACUAAUUACAUUUUUAUGGGGGAUUUUGUUGACCGGGGCUACAAUAGUCUUGAAGUCUUUACCAUCCUUUUGCUUCUUAAAGCUAGGUAUCCUGCAAACAUAACCCUUUUGCGAGGGAAUCAUGAAAGCAGGCAGCUUACUCAGGUAUAUGGAUUUUAUGAUGAAUGCCAGAGGAAGUAUGGAAAUGCCAAUGCAUGGAGAUAUUGCACAGAUGUUUUUGAUUAUCUAACUCUCUCAGCAAUCAUAGACGGAACUGUGCUUUGUGUUCAUGGUGGUCUUUCUCCAGAUAUCCGAACAAUUGAUCAGAUAAGGGUUAUUGAAAGGAAUUGUGAAAUUCCUCAUGAAGGACCAUUUUGUGACCUUAUGUGGAGUGAUCCUGAAGAUAUUGAAACAUGGGCUGUCAGUCCUCGUGGAGCAGGAUGGCUAUUUGGAUCAAGAGUUACUUCAGAGUUCAACCACAUAAACAAUCUUGAUCUAGUUUGUCGAGCUCAUCAACUUGUACAAGAAGGUCUCAAGUACAUGUUUCAAGAUAAAGGCCUUGUGACGGUGUGGUCAGCUCCAAAUUACUGUUAUCGUUGCGGGAAUGUUGCUUCUAUUUUGAGUUUUAAUGACAACAUGGAAAGGGAAGUGAAGUUCUUCACAGAGACAGAAGAGAACAAUCAGAUGAGGGGGCCAAGAACAGGGGUUCCAUAUUUCUUGUAGGCAUUGUCAUUCAGAAUCUAAAAAAGACGGUUUGUAUAAUUAUUAAUUGAUGUGAUUUUUGAAAUUCAAAAGUUUUAGGUGAGGGUGAAUUAUUGGUAAAUGACCUUCUGCUGGCUCGCUCAUGUUGUCUCUGUCGGUAAAUUGCUAAUACGCCAGAAAAAAUGCCCUCUUUUUUAGUCUUGCUUUGUGACUACUCGGAUCAUAAGUAUUUGUUUAUUUCUCAUGUUAUAUUUCAUCACGCUCCUAAUUUUAUUGACAAACUUUCUGAACUAAUGACGCUCACUUUGUAAAGUUUUCCAUUGGUUAUAAUGGCGGAAAUAUGAUCAUUGUGUGAUGGCAUGAUA